GAAAACAAAACUAACCAAAAAACAAGAAAAAAUGGGGAGAAUAAAUAUAUGGGCACUAAUAUUGUAUGUAACAGUAGUGAUGAUGAUAAUCGAAGUAGAAUCAAGUCUUCACAGAGUAGGCGGCGGAAAAUACAAUUGGAAUCAAGAUGUUAACUUUACCGAUUGGGCCAACCACCAACGCUUCUACUCUGGCGACUGGCUCUAUUUUGGGUUUGAUCGAACCCAUCACAACAUCCUCCAAGUAAACAAGAGUAGCUACGAGCAAUGCAUCGACACUGACUUCAUAUUCAACGUGGCACGUGGAGGACGAGAUGUAUUUCAACUUCUUCAACCAAAGCCUUAUUACUUCAUUUGCGGUAGAGGUUAUUGCAUGAAAGGAAUGAAGCUUGCCGUUAACGUCCUUCCUCAACCGCCGCCUUCAAUUCCAAACGUUACCAUCACUCCGGCCUCGACCGCCACUACUCUCAUUAUACCCUUAAACGCUUUAACCGCGGUUGCUAUCACCAUUCUCACCGCCUUCGCCUUUAAAGCUUUAUAA